AUGGAUGAACGUGUGGGUAUUGGAGGCAAUGAAAAGGUUCGACGAUGCAGGUUGUUCGUCGAGUGGAUUGAGAGGAAUGGGCUUAUUGAUCUUGGUUGCUCCGGGACGACGUAUACAUGGUCAAGAGGGACAGCGGAAAACUUCAAAUCAGCUCGGCUCGACAGAGGCCUAGUUGAUGAGGAUUGGAGGCUUCAGUUUGAAGAGGGGGCAGUUCGCAUCCUUCCCAAGGAAGCAUGGAUCCACCAUGAUCAAUUCAGUGAGUUCGUUCACAACAGUUGGCGGAAUGAGGAACCUCUUAUCCUGUUUAUGAAGAUAUUUUCCAAGAACAUGGAAGCAUGGAAUAGGAAUAUUUUUCAUAAUAUCUUCCGAAAAAAAUCAGAGUUGUGGGCAAGGCUUGAAGGCAUACAGAAAGACUCUCGAGAGAAUUUGUUCCAAGAAGAAAAUACGAGUACUGAAGGCAACGUGUAUCUACUGGAGGAUUAA